CCCAGGCCAGGCGUACCGCUAUAAACUCUCCAGGUUACGAAUGGCGCUGGGGUAGGCAGGGCCACGUAUUGUCCUGCUUGGGCCUUUUAUUUUUGUUCCAGUUUUGGGGGGAAUGCUUUUGUGAGACUGUUGGAGGAACGUGCUAAUGAUUCGGAACAAGUUGGUUGUGGUCUGAUCCAUUCCCCGUGGCCCGGGAACGCGUACGAUCAGCUGAAGACGGGACCGUUACUCACACCCGGUGUUUACAGUCUACGGUAGCAGCCAUGCAGCCGUAUGUCUGGAUACUGUGUGUUCUCUCUUGCCUAUGUUCCUGUGGAGUACAAGGCCAGUCUAUUAUCAGCCUUCAAAACACAGAAAUCACCACACCUGAGGAACCUGGGGCAGUUGUACAGGUUUAUGUGGAGAAAGUAGGAAGCACUACGCAAGAGGCCAGUGUAUCAAUAGAGAUUGUUGGUGGGUCAGAAGAUUUUCUUGGUUCAGCACAAAUCAUACAAUUCCCUGAUGGGGGUCCAGUAACACGGUUUGCAACCUUUGCCAUCAAUGACGAUGAUAUACCAGAAGCAGACGAAGUGUUCACCUUCACCCUGUCACUGGUUGGUUCGUCAAGCGAAGUAACCAUUGGCAACCAGAACAGAGGAACGAUCACCAUCUUGGCCAACGAUGAUGCUUUUGGCAUUGUUGGUUUCAGCAUGGCUGAAAGUGUUACUGUCCCAGAACUGAGUAAUGGUGACAACCCUGUUGUGUUCACACUAAUGAGAGCCAGAGGCACUGCUGAUACUGUCUAUGCAACAUUUCAGAUAACUGGUCCCAGCCCAUUGACUGACUGGAGCCAGUACAGCGGGAAUGUCUCCCUGCCUCCCGGUCAGGAUCUGGUUGACUUCACUGUUCGAGUUUUGGCUGACAAUCUGCCUGAAGAGGAGGAAGUCUUUCAGGUCGAGCUGACAGAAGUAACAGGUGGGGCAAAUAUAAACCAGUCUGCCUCCAUGGUGAGGGUCACGAUCCCAGCCAAUGACAGCCCAGUCAGAUUCAGGCACUCGACAUAUUAUGUGAACGAGACAGCUGGAAGUGUCACACUGGCUGUGACACGAGGACUGGAUGAGAAUGACAAUCGUGCUGGUCCAGAUAGUGACACUGUUGUCGUGAGGUACAAUGCUAUGUCAGGUACUGCACAACUUGGAGAGGACUUCAACACUAGCCAAACACCGACCAUCACUUUUGGUGCCAGUGUUUACGAAGAUGAGUUCAGCAUUCCCAUCAUUGACGAUGGUAUUCCCGAAGUAGAUGAGAACUUUACCAUCAGUCUUGCCAUUGCCUCUGGGGAUGCCGUCCUUGCCAUGCCAAGUGUUGCCACUGUUGUGAUCGUUGCCAAUGAUGACCACAACGGAAGGCUGAGCCUGGACAGGACAAGCAGGGUGGUAGAUGAGGAUGGAACAGGACAGUUUGUUGCUUUCACUGUUACAAGAGAAGCUGGAACUUUUGGUGCAGUGUCUGUCAUGUGGGAGUUGAGGAGAGAUGAUGCAAACACAGAUCCUGUUGCCAAUGAUAUAGGACCAAUAAAUGGAACAGUCAACUUACAGGAUGGAGAAAGGUCUCAGGAUAUUCUCCUAACAGUGGUGGAUGAUCGUAUUCCUGAAGAGGCUGAGACCUACACCCUGACGUUACUCCCCGGCAGUGAGAUGGGAGGUGCCAUGGUGGAGGGACCAGACGAGGGGCAGCUGAUCCUCAGGGACAGUGAUGAUGUGUACGGCAGGCUGAACUUUGCACCGGCCGGUCAGCAACAGAUUGUCACUGACGGGGAUGUGCGCAGACUCCAACUGGUGGUUUUGAGAGAGGGAGGCACUGUCGGUACUGUCACUCUGUCUUAUGUGGCUCAGUACUACUCUCCUGAAGGACAAGUACAGACAGGUAUCCUGAACAGCACCUCGGGAAGUUUGACGUAUCGUCCUGGUGUAUCUCAACAACAGCUGGAAAUUCAAGUCAACAGGGAUGCCUUCUUGCAAGUUGGAGGAAGCUUUCAAGUUUUCCUUCAAAAUCCUGAUGUUGACAUUGCUCCUGAACCAACAGUACCAGCCAGCAGCCCACGACUUGGGGACCGUGCCAACCUGACUUUGGCAGUCACAGAUGACAUAGCAAACGGGGAGGUGGGCUUCACGGAUGUAACAGAGAGGAGGGUACAGGAGCCUGCUGGUCCUGACAGUCAGACAGUUGUUCUGACUGUUGAGAGAGAGGGCACUCUUGGGUCUGCCACUGUGUACUGGAUCAUGGAAUCUACUGCUGACCCAUCUUCAGAUGCCAGGCCACAGUCAGGCACUCUUCUUUUCCUUGAAGGAGAGAGCUUUAAAAACAUCAGCAUCGACAUUCUCCCUGAUGAUGUUGCGGAGACAGAUGAAACCUUCACAGUCAGGCUUCAGAGGGUGGAGCCAUCCUCAACACAGAAGCUCAAACCUGGGUUUGAAACUGUGAAUGUGGUUAUAGAGGAGAAUGAUGACGCAGGAGGGAUAUUCUCAUUUUCUGAUGGCACUGCUGGGUCCUUUGUGGUGCAGGAAGGUGACUUGAUCCUUUUCACCAUCACACGAGAUGGAGGGACGUUGGUGCCUCGCACGGUUCAGUACACCAUAGAGCCUGAUGGAGAGGCCAACUUCCUGGGCGGAGUGGGAGUGGUUCUGUUUGAGGUUGGGGAGACCAGCCACACUGUCACCAUGCAAGCUAAACAAGAUGGUGAUCCUGAGUUGAAUGAGACAUACACCCUGGAGCUGAGAAGCUUCAGCGGACAGGGUCAGGCGGCCAGCGUGAUCGGCAGCCCCAGCACCAUCUCUAUCACUGUGCUGGAGAACGAUGACCCCUACGGAGUCUUCUCCUUUGCUGAUACAGACAUCACAAUUAGUGAGAGUACGAGCAGUGAUGUGUACCCCGCCUCUUUCCGAGUUGUGAGAGGCAGGGGAGCAUUUGGCCCAGCGAGUGUGUCUUGGUACAUCUCACCAAACAACACAGCAGAUGUGUCACCAGUAGCUGGAGUACUGCAGUUUGCUGAUGGAGAGACACUGAAAAUUUUGGAACUGCAGUCACUUCCUGAUAUGAUUCCUGAAGAUGACGAGGCCUUUACUAUCAUGCUGACUGAACCUACCAAUGGUGCCUCUCUGGGUGCACCUUCCACCAGUAUUGUCACAAUUGCACACAAUGAUGAUGCAGUGUACUUUUUAGACCCAGAAGUGUACAUCGAUGAACCCGGUUCAGCCACUCUCACCGUCCGUAGAAACGGGUCAGCCAACUAUGUGUCCAGUGUACAGUACCGCACUGUUGACGACACCGCAAAUGAGUUUGACUUCCAGUUCACCAAUGGAACCAUCACAUUUGGAGUGGGAGAGAAGGAGAAACAAGUGAUUGUUACUUCUCUGGAUGAUGACAGACCAGAGACCAAUGAAAUGUUCCGGGUUGAGCUUUUUGCAGCCACAGGAGACACUGUUGUGUAUGGGAACACGGAAGCCAGGGUAUACAUCAGGGCAAGUGAUGAUCCUAAUGGCAUCUUCAGCUUUGCACUUGCUGAGCAACAAAAGGUGGCACCUGGAGAAGGGGUCACAGUCAACUUCACUGUUAUCAGAGAGAGAGGCUUCUGGGGAGAAGUGCAGAUCUGGUACCAGUUCUACGACAUGUCAGGUUCCCCAGUUCCUGUUGGAGAGGAGUUUAACAACACCUCAGGCUACAUCACAUUUGCAGAAGGAGAGAUCGAGCGGCCCAUCUCUGCUCUUGUCAUGGCUGACAACAUCCCAGAGUUCCCCAAGAACUACACACUGAGGCUGGUCAAUGCAACUGGUGGCAGCCCUGGUCCUGGUGGUAAACUGGCUACUGAGAAUCUGGAGGCUGUUUUGACCAUUCCAACCAACGAUGACCCAUAUGGCAGGUUCAUGUUCCCAGCAGGCUCCAGCAUGGUAGACAUUGCAGAAGACUUUCUUCCAGGAGACGAGGAUAGCACAGGGGCAAACUUCACCAUCCAGAGAGCACAAGGAGCUGUAGGAGAUGUGGAGCUUGUGUGGGAAGUCCUGCCUCCCUCCCUGGCUGCAGGCCUGCCUAAAGUGUAUGACUUGUUCAUGCUGGGAACCUACACCUCCGCUGUGCAGCAGAGGCCUGGGAGGGACAAAACAGGAACACUGGCUCUGUACUUCACAGGCUCAGAUGGAUCAUACCUGCACGUGUCUGAGGAGUACCACCCCACUGAGGCAGAGAUCAGGUCUGGCUUCACCAUGUCCACCUGGGUAAAACCAGACUCGGACACUGAUGGGAUGGUCAUUUCCAAAACCAGUCCUGAUGGAGAGAAGCACUACUACUCCCUCAAACUCAGAACUACAGAGAAUGAUACAGCACUGUGGUUCAGAUACUCUGUCCCUGGGAAUCCUGAAAACCAAGUGCUGUCCUACUCCACCAAUCAAGUCACCCAGGAUGGCAGGUGGCAUCACAUGGCUGUUGCAGUGGGGAACGGCAUGGUGGACUUCUACAUCGAUGGACUACAGACUGGUGGAACAGCAAGUGUCCAUCUGAACAGUUCAUCUCCUUCCAUAGGGUUGGACAGUACCACAUUACCCCAAGCACUGGAAGGUGGAGUUCAAACGAUUGAUGAUGAGGUUGGGGCUCUGUUUGUGGGUGCUGUGUCUCCUGGAAGUGGAAACUUCACAGGCACCAUGCAAGAUGUCAGGAUUUAUGCAAGGAAGCUUACAUCACGUGAGAUCAGUUCAUUGGCUGACUCAGAGGCAGCUCAGAGCCUUGGUCCUGUAUCAGGCUACUUCUCUUAUCCAGAAGGCGUCAGACUUCAGUCAGCACGACUACAGUCUGUACAAGAUGACAUCCCUGAGCAAAACGAGGUCUUCACCAUGGUGAUCAUCUCUGGGAAAGGUGGUGCUAACGUGUCCCCAGUUCAUGGUCAUGCUACAGUCACAGUUCUGAAAAGUGACAAUGCCAACGGACUGUUUGGUUUCUAUGGACCGUGCACACCCAACCCAACAUCAGAAGGCACCAAUGUCAGCUGUCCUGUCACCAGAUCCAGGGGGACCUUUGACUCUGUCACUGUGUCAUGGGUCAUCCGUCAAGUGUCUCCUACGGUCUUGACUGAUGUCCAGGAUUUUGUGUACUCAAAUAACAGCAUCAUUUUUCCCAUGGAUGUGACUCAGAUGAACGUCACAGUGGAAGUGUAUGAUGAGAUGAUCCCAGAGUUGGAGGAGGGUUUCCAGGUGGUUCUGUCCCAGGUAGAGUCAGGUGACGGUGUGGAGGGGUCGACUCCCACCAGUGGUGCCAGCAUCAGCCCUGCAGCUGCAGUCAACAACAUCACAGUGGUGGAGAAUGACUAUCCAUAUGGACUGUUCCAGUUUUCAUUGGGCUCUGAACCUGCAUCUAGUGACCCAGUCAUUCCACCUGCUACUGAAAACCUGACUAAGUAUGUUGCUGAAGAGGCUCGGAGCGUGACACUGCUGGUGGUGAGGGCACAGGGGUCUGUAGGGGAUGUCUCUGUGGAGUACAACGCUAUCUCCAACACAGCAUCUACAUCUGUGGACUUCCAGAAUGCUGUUGGGGAGUUGCAGUUUACAGAUCAAGAGAGAUUCAAGACAAUCCAGAUUGGCAUCAUUGAUGACAACAUUGCAGAGUUGGAUGAGACUUUUAUUGUCGAGCUUACCAAUCCAACUGCAGGAGGGGCUGUAUUGGACACAGGAAGGUUCAUGACAGUGGUUAUUGAGGCAUCUGAUGGUGCAUACGGUACUGUCCAGUUUGCUGAUGACUCACUUGUGAUGACGGCCAAUGAGGCUGAUGGAGGAGCUUCAGUUGUCUCUCUGGAGGUUGUCCGUACAGGAGAUGCCCUUGGUGGAGUGACAGUGUACUGGGAGGUGGAGUCAGACCCAGACCUGGACCUUGCUGAUAACAGCGGGACUGUCUAUAUACCACCUGGACAGUUGUCUGCUGUCUUCAAUCUCACUAUCAACUCAGAUACUGAACCUGAGCUGGAUGAGGAAUUUGUAGUUCGUCUGGUCAACUUUUCUGCUGGCCGACCUGGGGACUCCUUGAAGCAGGCGGCAGUUGUCACCAUCCUGGCCAACGAUGACCCCUACGGUGUUUUCCUGUUUGAUCCAACCUCACAGCCUGUGUAUGUAGAGGAAGGAAACACUUCGGUUACUCUGAUGGUUGUUCGGGAUGGAGGACAGAUGGGAGAUGUACGGGUGUUCUACAGAACACUUAGGAAUGGGGACAAUCCUCCAGGGCUCCCUGUGGUAACUGGCCGUGCAACAGAAGCAGAAGAUUUCCAGUACCAAGAGUCAUAUGUUGACUUUCCUUCGGGGACCAACUCAACAGAAGUUCACAUCAACAUCUUUGAUGACAACAUCCCUGAGGGAGAUGAGUCUGUGUUUGUGCAGUUACUCAGGGCAGAACUGACAAGUGGAGGCCAGCAAAGGCCAGUGCCAGGUUCCCCCAGAGUUGGCAUGUUAGGUGAGGCAAUUGGAGAAGUCAUUAUCCAGCAGAAUGACAAUGCCAACGGCAUCCUGCAACUGUCAGCCAGCAGUGUCAUGGUUGAUGAGGAUGUCACUGGACCUUUCCUUAAUGUGACAAGAAGUGCAGGUGCAUUUGGAAGGGUAUCUGUCAGGUUCAGGACCACCCCAGGCACUGCCAGGCCUGAUGACUACAACAUCAUUGCCUCAGACAUCAUCCUGUCUGAUGGAGAGGUCACCAAGAUGGUUCCCAUAGAAAUCGUGGAUGACCUUGACCCUGAGCUGCAGGAGAUGUUUACUGUUGAACUGCUGCCAACAGGACUGACUGGAGGAGCUGUGCUGGGAAACAUCACCCAAACACUAGUCACCAUAGACAAGUCUGAUGACCCACAUGGUGUCUUCAGUAAGUUUCUGUUGCCAUAUCAUUGA